AUGAUUUUAAGAAAACCCCAAAAAAUAUUACCAUCAAACCGAUACAUGUAUAUUUUUUCAUUAAUUAACGUAUUGAAAGCAGCAACUGCUAUAAUUAAACCCAACUAUUAUUGUACGUGUUUUUACAACUCAGUUUUUCUACCACAUUUAACAAAAAAAGCUAAUAUAUUAAGUUUGCGUAACAGGCCUAACAAGAAGAAUUAUAAUGCUUUUAUAUGUAAAUAUUCUAAAAAAUAUAAAAUGAGUAAUAAAUUUUCAAAUUCGAUAAGUAUGAAUGCGAAUAAUGAAAAUGAAAAAAUUUUAAAUGAAAACAAUGUUACUCAAUUUAACAAAAAUAGCAAUGAUGUAAAGAAUUAUAAUAGGGGGUUUAGCCAAUUUAGAAAUUCUGUAUUUAGUAAACAGUACACUCACAAUAACAAUAGCAGCAAUAACAAUAAUAAUAGCAGCAAUAACAAUAAUAAUAGCAGCAAUAACAAUAAUAAUAACAGUGGUAAUAGUAAUAAUAUCAGCAGUAACAAAAGUAAAAACAAGAUGACCAGCAGUUACAUUAGUAGUAACAGCAAUUACGUAAAUAACAAUAACGUUAGUGGAAGUAUUAGUACAAAAUAUACAAAUAAUAGUCCUCAGCAUUCGGGUUAUUUUAGCAGGGAAAGUGGAAAAAAAAGUAAUGAGGAGAGUCACUCCUUUAGUGAAACGAAAUUGAAUGUAAAUACGAGUGCAAAUUAUACAGAUUACAACAUUAAAGAUAGUAAAAAUUAUUCCAUGAAUAUCCAGCAUAAUCAUAAUGGCAAUAGCAAUAAUAAUAAUAAUAAUAAUCCAUAUAUGAAUGAUAACGACGUAAAUAUUAAUAAUUUCAAAAUGAAUAAUUUUAAUAAAGAACACAUGCUUCUAAAAAAUGCAAAGGAUAAAAAUAUGUGCAGCAAUAAUGUAAGUGCAAGAAGUGGUAGUAAUAUGAAUACAACUAACGCUGUUAAUGGAAUUUAUCAAGAAAAUUCGAUGAAAAACUUUAAUUACAAAAGUAAUGUAAAUGAAAAAAGGUUAAACAUGGAAGGAAUAAGUAAUAAUAAUAAUAUUACAAAGGGUAAUGAGCGAUUUAGUUAUCUGAAUGAUAAUUAUCCAAGUAACAUGAAAUCUAAAAUGAAAAAUGCUUUUAGUUCAAAUAAAAAAAAUAUGUCUUCAUAUAACACCAAUUUAAACAAUGCUGCAAGCCAUCAAUAUAGCAAAAACUUGGAAAAUGUAAAAUAUAUGCAGAAAAAUUAUAAAGGGGAAAUAUCAGAAGAUAUCAUGAAUAAUAGUAGUAAUAAUAACAAUAAUAGCAGUAGUAACAAUAAUAAUAUGAAUAACUGCGAUUUAAAUAAAAAAUUUGGAAUGUUUGGAGAUCCCAGUAUGAACAACGUUGACAUGAAUAAUAUGGCAAAUGCAGACGAUUCCAUGGGUUAUAAUGAUAAAGCAAACAGUGAAGCAAUUACCACGAAUAACCCUAGUAGCAACACUCACAGAAGUAACAGUAGUAUGAGGACUCAUAAGCUAAAUAGUUUGAUAAAAAAUGAAGAAUCUAAGAGAAGUGAAAAUUUUGAGAAUGCCCAUCAUGACAAAGACUAUAUGUAUGAAAAGACGAAUAAUUUAAGAGGCAUGAUGGAUAACUCGCCUGUGUAUAAUAAUAGAAAUCGAAAUAAGAUGAUAUCCAAUAAUUAUAACGCUAUGAACACAAUGAGCGGCAUGUUCGGUCCAGUAAAAAGUGGGAGUCGCAUGAACAACGUGAACAGUAUAAACAACUUGAGUAGCGUGGAUUAUGGAAAUAAAAUGAUAGGCGAACACGAAAAAGGAGCAAACAGUGGAAUGAAUAAGAAUACAAGAAACAUUUCCUAUGAAAACAAAACAAACAAUUACAAUAACGAUAUGAACAAAUUGAAGAGUUACGAAGCUAAGAAGAAUGACUACUACGGGAAUUAUGCAUCUUCGAGUAGUUUAAAAAAUAUGAAUAUCGUGAACAGUGUAAGUAAUGCAAGUGGGGUGCUAAACAAAAUGGAUGAUUCAUAUAACGGAAAUAAUAUAAACAGACAAAGUUCUUUGAAUUCGGGAACAUCGUCCCCUAACUUGGAUGCAGAUGCAUUUUCUUUUUAUGAUUUUAACGAUUUUUUAAAUUAUAUGUAUAAGGAUGAAAAUAUAUUAACGCUUUUUUAUAUAAGAAAGAAUUAUUUAAAAGCUGAAUCACGCGAAGAGUUUGUAAAUGAAGAUGACAAAAUAAAAUACUCAAUCAUUUGGACGUUUGCAAAUGAUGAAAAGAUAGCUGUUUCUGGAACACAUAAUACAAAAAAGUUAAGUAAAAAAGUGUGUGUGAAAAAAAUUUUAUUAAAAUUAAAAAAUAUAUCCCUUUUAGAGUUAGAUCAAAUGACAAAAUGGAUGAUAAAUAGCUUAAAUGUUAUUUUAAAAGUUGAACAUAAAAAUAUGGAAAACAAAUUAAAUACUAACAACAAUAUUUAUUGUAGUAAUAUAGAAUGGAAAGUUAAUAAUAAAAUGUAUCAAUCUACGGGAGUCCAUGCUCAUGAAAAAAUAGCUGAAAUUAUUGCUACGCAAAAGUUGUAUAUGCUUUUAUAUGAUAUAAAAGAUCAAUUAAUAAAGGAAACAGAAUACAUGAAAAUGGUCGAAGAAAAAAAAGGGGGAGGAAACAUGCAUGUAAAUACGAAUAAAAUGUACGAAAAUAAUAAUAAUAAUAAUAAUAACGUGUUUGAAAAAAUGAUGGGUAACAUGGGUGGAAAAUAUGAUCAUUUGAAAGGUCAAGGUGCAAACAGAAAUUUUGGAGACAACAUGUUAUAUAAAAAUUCAAGUAGUAUUGGCAGUGGUAACCAUUAUAAUAAUGCCAUUUACCGUGCGAAUGAUAAAACUUCUCUUAAUGCUGAUAACCCGAUGUUACAACCGGGAGUAGCCACAUUAUACGGAAGAACCAUGAAUAAUAGCAUAGACAUGAGUAACGUUAUUAACAAUGCAGGUAAUAUGAACUUUGCUAAUAGUGGAAGUAGUAAUAAUAAUAAUAUCAUUAUGUCAAAUAUGAACGAUAAAAUGGGUGCAGGGGAUAGUAUGAAUGGUUUAAACAAUGCAGGAGUCGGAACAGCAGGAAUUUCAGAUCCCUCAGAACUUAUCACGUACAGCUUAACAAAACAAGACGCGAGCAGUAUACAGAUGUUAAGAAAUAAUAUUGCAUCUAGAUAUAAAAUUCAUCAAACAGAGAAUUUUGAACAAGUAUAUAAUUUAUAUAAAUGUACAUUAGAAUGGGAAUGGAAAAAUGGAAAAGUAACUUGUAAAUCCAAAAGUGUUGGAUAUGGAAGUACAAAAAGUUUAGCGAAAUGUGAGGCUGCAUAUGACAUGUUAGUAAAAAAUAAUUUAAUAGAAUAUGUUUCUUCAACUGAUAGAAAAAAUGCUCAAUAUAUUAGAGACUUAAUAUCAAAAGAUUUAACCAAAGCAUUGAACUUAGCAGUUCAGUUUAUUAUUCAAUAUAGUAGUAGUGCAUGGUCUAUAUUUCUAAUAUUUUUAUUAAGGGAAUUAUUAAUAGAUGGCAAUUAUGAUAAUAUAAAUAGAUUGUUAAAUACACUUGUAGAGGUCAGUAAAGAGGGGAGGAUUGAAGUAGACAAUAUUAAUAAGUUAAAUAACACGAAUUCUAGUUCAACUAAUAAUAUGAACAAUUAUACAAACAAUAUGUGUAAUGCAAAUAAUUAUAACGGAGAAAUAUCGAAAGGUAUGUACAAUAAUGCUGGAGAGGAAGUAUAUACGAACAGUUCAAGUAACUUGUUCUUUUGUAAUCCGUAUAUUCAAAAUAAAUGUGAUAAUAGCAAUUAUGUGCAUAAACUAGUUUCCAUAGAUUUAUGGGAAAAAUUAAUAGAUGAAUGUGUAGUAGUUUUGAAUGACAAACUGUGUUUCCAUUGUAUUACUUUACUACAAGAAGUGGAAUUAGAUUAUUCCAUUUUUAUAUCAAAAAGUGCACAUGAUUAUUAUAAAAAAUAUCGAAUUAUGUUAGCUCUAGAAUUACAAGCCAAUUUAGCACAAAGUAUUCAAGAAAAAAGGGAUUUUGAAUAUUUACAUGAAAACAAAUCUUUAUUGUUAAAAAUGAAAAGUAUCACAUUACCCAUAUUAUCAUUCACAUGUACUCUAACGACAGAAGAAAAAGAAUGGAUGAAAUCCACCCAAAUGAGAGAAGAUGAUAUUGUUUUAUUAAAACCAUGUGAUCAAUUAUUAAAAGAUGAAGAUGCAUGGUCUAAUAGCUUAAUAGGAAGUAUUACAAGCACAAAAAGUGAUAAUACAAGUUAUAAUAUUAAUGUAAGAAUUUUUUCUGCUGAAAAUACUAAAAAAGCCAAUGUAAAAUAUACUAAAUAUAAAUUAUAUUUAUUAUUAAAUAUAGUUACACAUGAAAGAAUGUUACAAGCUUUAAGAUCAAUUACUUUUAUAGGCUCUGUGCCAACACAAUAUCAAUCCCCUUAUGUAUUCACACCUGAAAUACGUUUCUUAAUACUACAUACAUAUAAUAAACAUGGAAAAUUUAUUGCACAAAAUGGGAAAUUGAAUGAAGAAAUAGCAGAUUAUGAAAAAAUUAAAAUGGAUUUUCAUAAUAAUGAAUCUUUAAAAAAUCCACAUGAUGAUAUAUUAAGAGAGUACAGCAGAGAAGCAAAAAACCCGUAUGAAGAUUUACUUAAUGAAGCUUUAAAUAAACAAAUUGGAAAUACACAUGUAGACGAAAUUGAUCAAUAUUUAAUUGAAAGUAUUAACUUACCAACAAAUUUGCCCCUUAAUGAUUCUCAAAAAUUAGCUUGCCUAAGUGCGUUAACAAGGAGACUUACCCUUGUACAAGGUCCACCAGGUACAGGUAAAACACAUGUUGCUUGUGCUAUUAUAGACAGUUGGCAUAGACAGAAUAGCAAUAAAAAAAUUUUAGCCGUCGCAGAUUCUAAUGUUGCAGCAAAUAACUUAGUUGAAGGAUUAAAAAAAAGAAAUAUUCAAGCUGUUCGAGUAGGGGCAGGAAGUGAUAGCGAUUUCCAUGAAGAAGCUAUUAUGGAAUUUCACCGUUAUAAAGAUUUAUUAAAAUUAAGAAAAAAUAAUAUGCAGAAAGAAGCGAAAGUUAUGAAAGCUCUUUUAUUUCUUGAAGCUGUUAAGAAAUAUAAUGUAGUUAUAGCUACGUGUGUUGGUUCAGGACAUGAAAUUUUUGAUAAUGAAAAAUUUGAAAGAGUUAUUAUUGAUGAAUGUGCUCAAUCAAUUGAACCUUCGAAUCUUAUACCUUUAGGUCAUUAUUGUAAUAAUCUAGUUCUAAUUGGAGAUCAUAAACAGUUACCUCCAACUAUUAUCUCACCUGAUGCUAUUAAAUUAGGUUUAGAUAAAUCCCUACUAGAAAGGUUUGUUAUGGCCAAAAUUGCACCUGUUCAUUUGUUAACCACACAAAGGCGUAUGCAUUUAAGUAUUUGUACAUUUCCAAAUUUUCAUUUUUAUGAUAAUAAAUUAAAAACUGCAAAUGUUACCGAAGAAAAUAGACCUAUUAUUAAAGGUUUUUUAUGGCCUAACCCAAAGUGUAGAUUAGCAUUUAUAGAUGUAUCUUUAGGAAAACCAGGUAGUAAAUUUGAAAAUGCAUAUGGUACAUCAAAAUUUAAUUUAUAUGAAAUUGAACCCUUGAUAUCGGUUCUAAAAUCAAUUAUUAAUGAAGGUUGUGUAUCAGUUGAUGAAAUAGGUAUAUUAACUGCUUAUGAUGCACAAAAGAUGAAAUUAAAAAAAGCGGUUCAAGAAUCCUUUCCAUAUGAAGCUGCUCACCGAAUAGAAAUUGAUUCUAUUGAUGGUUUUCAAGGAAAGGAAAAGGAUUUAAUUUUAUUUUCAGCUGUUAGAUCAAAUGCAAAUAACGAAUUAGGAUUCUUAAGAGAUGCUAGAAGAUUAAAUGUUAUGUUAACAAGAGCAAAAAGAGGAGUUAUAUUAUUUGGUGAUCAGUAUACAUUAGCAAAUGAUGAAGCUAAUUGGUUACCUUGGCUUAAGUGGAUAACAUCUAAAAGAGCUGUUGUUCAUAUAACUAAAUUAAACGAGCAUUUAGAAAAUGCUGACUAUUCCUUAUUAGAUAAACUAAAUAAAAUAAAUAAAGCUGUUAACCUUAAAAAUGUUACUGUUUCUGAUAAUUACUAUUUCUAUGGAAAUGAUACAGGAUUCUCAAAUGAUUAUAGUGACCCCAACUAUAACCAAAUAGAUGAUAAUAAUUUUAAUUCGAGCUUAAACGAUGCCAAGGAGGAAGUAGAGCAGGUGGAGGAAAUUGUAGAAAAUUGGGAAGACUUGCUUUAA